AUGUCUGCUUCGGAUGGUUCUGUAGGUGGAUUUAUAGCUAGAAAUAAGACAGCUAUAAUUGCUACUGUCGCUGCUGGUUCUGCUGCACUUGGUGCUUAUUACUAUUACACACAAUUACAAAGGCAGAUUGAUGAUAGUUCUUCUUCCAAGAAGAAGAAAAAGAAGCAUAGUAAAAAGAAAAAGUCUACUUCUACUGAUGAGAAAUCAAACUCAAAGAAUGAAACUGCUAAAGUAAUUUAUCCAGUUGCUUCCAAUGGCGAACCUGACUUAUCUGGUAAAGAUUCUUUUUCUGACGAAUUAAAAGAGAAAUAUGCUAUGGCUUUAAAAGAUAAAGGUAAUGAUUAUUUUAAAAAACAAGAUUUUGAAAAUGCUUUAAAGUAUUAUAAUUAUGCAUUGACAUUGAAACAAGAUCCAGUCUUUUAUUCAAAUAUUUCAGCAUGUUAUGUUUCACUAGGUCAAUUAGAAAAAGUUGUUGAAAGUAGUACUGAAGCCUUGAAAUUGAAACAUGAUUAUUCAAAGGCUUUGCUACGUAGAGCCUCUGCUUAUGAAAGUUUAGCCAAUUAUGUUGAUGCCAUGGUCGAUUUAUCUGUUCUAUCUUUAAAUGGUGAUUUCAAUGGUGCUUCAAUCGAACCAAUGUUGGAAAGAAAUUUGAACAAGCAAGCUAUGCAAGUGUUGAAGGAAAAAAUUGCUGAAAACAAACCACAGUUACUACCUUCAAACACUUCUUUAGCAUCUUUCUUUGGUGUCUUCAAACCAGAAGUUAGUUUGAACAACUUUAAUGAAAAUUCCGAAUCUGAAAAGGAAUUAUUAAACGGUUUAACUAACCUAUACUCAAGAACAAAUGACGGUUAUUUAGUUGCCGAUGAAUCGUUUCAAAAGGCGGUUAAAUUAUUGGAGAAGGAAUACGAAGAAAACAAGGAGAACAAUGACAUCAAAGAGAAAUAUGCUAUUGCUUUAGAAUAUAACGGUAUAUUAAAAUUCUUAAAGAAUGACCCAUUAGAUGCUCACAAUGAUAUUCAAAAGGCUAUCUUUAUUUUCCCAAGAGUAAACUCAUAUAUUUACAAUUCUUUGAUAUUAGCCGAUAAAGGUGAAACUGAAGAAUCCAUUAAAAAUUUUGAUGCCGCUAUUAACUUAGACGCAACCAACGCAGCUACUUACUACCACCGUGGUCAACUUUAUUUCUUAACACAACAAUACGAAAAAGCUGGCAUUGAUUUCGAUAAGGCUAAGGAAUUAGAUGAAUCAAAUAUUUUGCCAUAUAUCCAACUAGCUUGUUUAGCUUACAAGGAAAACAAAUUCAACGAUUGUGAAACUUUAUUCAGCGAAGCUAGAAGGAAGUUCCCAACCGCUCCUGAAGUUCCAAACUUUUAUGCCGAUGUCUUGUUAGAAAGAAAUGAGUUCGAUAAGGCUUUAAAGCAAUACGAUAUUUCUAAGAAACUAGAAGAAGCGGUUGAAGGUAUUCACGUAGGUAUUGCACCAAUGAUUGGUAAGGCAACAUUAUUAGCCAGAAACCCAAUUGUCGAAAAUUUAUUAGAGUCUACCGAAUUAUUCGAAGAAGCUUGCAAAUUAGAUCCAAGAUCCGAGCAAGCUAAAAUUGGUUUAGCUCAAUUAAAACUUCAACAAGAAGAAGUCGAUGAAGCUAUAGCCUUAUUUGAAGAAGCUGCUUUCUUAGCAAGAAAUAUGGAUGAAAAAUUACAAGCCACUACUUUUGCCGAAGCAUCUAAAGUACAAAAGAAGGUCAGAUCUGACCCUGUUAUUAACCAAAAAAUCCAAGAAACUUUAGCUGCUUAUCAACAACAAGGAUUAAUGUAA